UGCUGUGGUGAGGUCUUUCUCCUUCCAUUUUUGUAGCGAGAGCAUCUGCACUUUUUUACUUUGUGUGUGCAUGUGUGUGAGUGUGUGUGUGUGUGAGAGAGAGAGUGUGAGCGUGGGUUACGGGACUGAGUUUGGGGCUGAGUCGGCUGCAGACAGCUGUAGAGGGGAGUGAAGAGAAGUUUCACUUCACGAGAAGCCGUCCGCCGCGCCACACUAAAAACGGGGCAGGUAAAAAAACUUAAACGUGAAGAAAACAGAAGUCUGCGACAAUAGAAAGAAAGAGCGAAAACAGAAAGACAGACAGGCAGAAAGAAAGGGGCAGUGGUUAUUGUUCAAACCCUUUUUGAACGAUAUACGCCCAUCGCGUCAUCUGUGGCCAUGGACGUCUGUUAAGGGCAGACGGAGAGUGAGUGAGGGGGCUUCAGUCUCGCCUCGCCUCACGCGUCGGACACAGUCAGACACACACAUCUGCCCCAUGGAAAGAAUUUACCGGAUGUGAGGGGCGACACAUCUCUUCUCUGUCACCACCAUGAACACCACAAGUUCCACAGGACUCCACACCCUCUUCACAAGCGACAGCUCCUCCUACGACUGGCUAACCAGCAGCAGCAGCAGCAGCAGGAUCAUCAGUGCAGCGGCAUCAGACACAUCCUCAACUCCCAACGCCAACCAAACCUGCAACAUCGAUGGAGCCAGCAUGCGCAUCCCGCUGGCCAUCUUCUACACCCUGUUCUUCAUCGUGGGCCUGGCGGGGAACCUCCUGGCGCUGUGGGUGUUCCUGCGCGUGCACACCAAGAAGAACUCGGUGCGCGUGCUCCUCAUCAACGUGGUGCUCGCCGACCUCCUGCUGGUCAUCUGCCUGCCCUUCCGCAUGGCCUACCACAUCAACGGCAACCGCUGGACGCUGGGGCCCGUGAUGUGCCGCGUGGUGGGCCACGCCUUCUACAUGAACAUGUACAUCAGCAUCACCCUGCUGGGCCUGAUCAGCGUGGACCGCUACCUGAAGAUCCACCGCUCGGCCGGGAGGAAGCGCUUCCUGAGGGGCCGCUGGAGUCACGCGGCCUGCGCGGGGAUAUGGACGGCCGCCACGCUCGCGACCGUGGUGAUGAUCAGCGUGUCGAACUACAAGGACCACGACCGUUGUUUCCAUUACCGCAAGAGCACGUCCAUGUUCACGACGACCAUCAAGUUCCUGCUGGUAGUUAUGUUUUGGCUGGUGUACGCGUCGCUGGUGGCGUCGUACCUGCGCAUCGGCAGGAUGCUGCAACAGGUGUCCAGGGACAAGCCCGACCUGCCCAACGCGCAGAAGUACAGCCAGACGGCCCGCAAGUCCUUCUUCGUGCUCUUCCUGUUCACCGUCUGCUUCGUGCCCUACCACGUCGUGCGCGUCUUCUACGUGCUGUCCCAGAUCAGCGACACCUCCUGCGUGUUGCAGGACUGGGCCGACAAGGCCAACGAGGCGGCUCUCUUGCUCUCGGCGUUCAACAGCUGCCUGGACCCAGUCAUGUACUUCCUGCUCUGUAGUUCCAUCCGCCGAACGACCAUCGGACUAUUCCGGAAGCUCGUCCGUGUUCCCGACGUGGCGGUGAGCAGCGUGUCGAGCAGUGAGAUGGGCAGGAGUCACCGGGAGCGCCCGUCGCUAGCCAGCAUACACAACCAGAGCGAGAGGAUACUGCAGUCGGUGAAACUGACCAGGAAUUGAGGGGACUUGGUAGCAGCGUUCAGGAAAGCCAUGACGGCACUGACUCACAGACAGUAAUGGGCAAACUAGAUUAAUCAGUUUUACAAUCCAGUGCUGCAUAUUCCAAAUGACCUUGUUUUACCCGUCCGAUUCACUGGGCACAGAGACCAAUAUUUGCAGAGACAAAAACCUUUCAAGGCAUGUGUGUGAGAGACAUGAUAUCAACAAUGCUUUCAAGUCAGGGGUUUUCUAGAGAGGAGGAAAGCCAUGGACCAAAGGGAGAUCCGAAAGAGCAUGUGUAUCAUUCACUGUUCAACUUCUUCAAUAGCAGCACCACUUCAGCCCAUAAAGAAUCCUUUAAAACUGAGAGGGGGGACUGUUAACCCACUUUGCCAGCAUAUGUGGAUAUAUACGUACAACAUGACAGAAAACGGUUUCUAACAGAUGUGACACAAAAGUGGGUUGUCAUCCUGCAUAUUGACGAUGAGGCAUCUUCUCAUGGUCACAUCCUCUCAAAUGCUGGACAUUUGUUUUCCAAUCACACCCCCGUAACACUACAGAAACUGCAGAAUACAGAGAUUAGCUGAGGCAUGAUUCUGGUUCUUAAUCCUUGUACAGUAUGGUAUGCGGUAUGACAUUGCUUUAUUUUACCCCUUUUUUAUUACUAUGUGCAUUGAGUUUGUGUUAAUUUUAGUGGGUUUGUGUGUGUUUUACAGUGUUUGUAUUGGUUGAUAGCAUCUCAUAAAAAGGCAAUCAACAUUCUAUCAUCCUUCUGUUCUGUGGAGGUAUUGUUCCUCAGCCUGUAAAACCACUUACUUUACCUCACACUACUCACAGAAAGACAGGCAUAUAACGGACCCUACAUGAAUCACACUAGAGUCUAUUUAAAGGUAAAGGUAAUUCAAUUUCCAGUCAAUCCUUCACGAUAACCCAAACUAC